CAAGAGGCCAUAUUUCGCUACAUGUCAGCACACUAACCUCAUUGUUGUAUGUAAUUUCCAUUUUAUACAUUAUUGCCAAAGUUUACUAUUUUAUAUAUUGGUGAGUUACAUAUUAAUUGAAAUUCGUAUUUUGUUACUUGCUUAAGAUUACGUAUCAACAUGACAGCAUUAGCAACGUUAACGGCAACAUAUACCGAUUCAGAAGGUGAAGAAGAUGGUCGUGAUGAAAACUAUGAAAAUGUUAAUGACCAAGACGUUGUUAUGGGAUCUCCACAUUCUCCUGAAGAAAAUCGUUCUUAUACAUCUUCCCAACCAACUAGUCCGGCACCUAUUAAAAUAACUACAAAAGUUGCUAAAUUGGUGUCGUAUAUAGAUGAUACUGUUGUUUCUGAUGAUGAAGGAGAAUCUGAAUAUUUACCACACGAAGUUAUUAUAAUGAAGGAUACGAGUAACAAUGGGGAUGAGAAUUUGAUAGAUGAAGAGGGCAUGAUACCUCCAGAGCCUCCAGGUCACUGUUCUACAGAGUUACAAGAUAAAAUUACAAAAUUGUAUGAAAAAAUGCUAACACAACAAAUGGAUAUGAAUGCAGUAAUUCAGAAGAGGAAAGAUUUUAGAAAUCCCAGCAUUUAUGAGAAACUAAUACAGUUUUGUGAUUUGAAUGAAUUGGGAACAAACUAUCCACCAUCUAUGUAUGAUCCAUUAAAAUGGAGUAAAGAAUCUUAUUAUGAAGAAUUGGCAAAAGUUCAAAAGGCAGAAAUGGAUAAACGUGAAAAAGAUAAAAAAGGGAAAGUUGAGUUUGUCUCAGGUUCUAAAAAGUCCGAAGAAGAUAAAAAGAGGAAAAGUAAAUGGGAUCAACCUGGAGGAGGGAAUGCAGCUCCUCAAUCAAUUAAACCAGCUGGUUUAGUUCAACCUACAUUAACAACAUCAUCAACUGGUACAAAAGGAACUGUCAUUUCAGCUUUUGGUUCAUUACCUAAAAAACCAAGACCAUGAAAACAUGUCUUUAUAAUGACUGGGAAAAUUUUAUUUAUUGUAAGCUACCUGUCUGUCCAAUAUGUAUAUAUUUAGUUUAGUAUGUAAUGAAGAAGAAACUGAAAAGUAUAUACGAGAUAUGCAAAUUAACAAUACAAGAAACAAACAAUCAUUUGGGGUGAGAAAAUGAAAAGCUAGAAUGUGUUUGAAUAUUUAAUAAAAAUGGAUUAUUCUUAAUUGUAAUAGUUACCUAUAGAUAAUAAAUUUUUUCUUCUGGUGAA